CAGCCGGGGCCGCUCCGCGCCGCUCCCCCGGGGUCCCGCCGCUGCCCCGCGCCUCCUUCACCCGCCGCGCCGCCAAUCCGCUCCCGCCUCCCGCUGCCAGAGCCAAUCGGAACCGUGGGGCGUGGCAGCACCGCCCCUCCUGCGAGCGAGGCCACGUGGCGCGAGUGACGUCAACAGGCGGGUGAGCGGCUGGCGCCGCCGCGCCCCCAGGUGGAGCCCCAGAGUACGUCACACCGAGAGGGAAUCCCGGGUGACGUAGAGGGGAGCCCCGGAGCUCGCCCCUGAUGCUGCCGCCGCGCGGGGUCCCUGUGCCGCUCCCCCAGAGCCCCGCCGCCGCUUCCCGCUGCCUCCCGAGCCCCCUCGGCAGAGGAACGGGACGGGGAGGGACGGGAGGUGCGCGGCAGCUCCCGCCCGACGGCAGCGGCAGAGGAACCCGCUGCUGGGGGCUGUCCGGUGGGCCGGCGGGAGGCGGGGCGGAGAGCAGCGGAGGGGAGAGGAAAGAGGCCCCGCUCGGGGAGGACCGUUAAGCGCCAGAUGUUUGGCAGCGGCCGCGGAGGAAGUUGCUGCCGGAGCCCUGAGACCAGCCCGAGCAGCUCCGGAGCAGGCAGGGCCGCACCAUGGCCCGCCCGGCUCCCCCGGCAGUACCGCCGCAUCCAGGGCCGCUGGCCCGCGGCUCGCUCAGCCUCCACCGCGCCUACUUGCGGAGCCCGCUGGGCCUGCUGCGCCUCGGGCAGCUGGCGCUGGGCGCUGCCUUCUGGGUGACGGUGGCUGCUCACAAGUACGAGGGGGCGGCCCACUUCGCACUCUUCGCUGCCGUCCUGGUCUGGCUCCUCACCCUGGCCCUCUUCGGGCUGAGCCUGCUGGGGCGCUGGACCCUGGUGCCCUGGCUGGGCUCCCGCUGGCUCCUCACCAACCUGGUGCACGACCUGGCGCUUGGAGUGGGGCUCUACGCGGCCGCCACCGGCAUCAUGGGCUACAAGGCUGGGCGGAAAAGCUACUGCAACCUGCCGGGCUACAGCCAGCACUGCCUCUACGGUGCCUACCUGAGUGCCUCUGUCUGCGGGGGCAUCGCCGCCUGCCUGUACCUCUUCUCUGGGCUCUACUGCCUGUCACGACGCUGCCGGGAUGAGCGCGACAUCAUCUGACACCCCACAGCACUCUCCUUCGCCUCACCCGCGGACGGAGUGCAGAGCCCCUCUGGGACAAAGUGACCCUGAUGCCUCAACCCCUCCCGGCUGACUGCACCGCGCUUCCUCCGGAGACUCCUGCACAGAUGGAUGGACAGACAGAGGCCUUCCCCAAGCAUGGCUUCUCCUGCAUCACACCAAGACAACGUGGAGCUCCAGCCACUGCACAGGCCCCUCUCCCAGCCCUGGACAGAUGUUAGCUAUUGCAAGUGGAAGGACCAAAGUGGAAAGUCCUUCAGAAGGAAACCAGUUUCUGGGAGCCCUCCAGGGCCCCUGCCCAACUCCCCUGCCCCAGCCUUACAGAUGCUGCAUGCUCAGCCUGGGCCCCUCCUCCUGUCUGGCCUGAACAUGUCUCCCGUCUUGCUGGAGCCCUGCGGAUUCAGCCCCUCCUGCUCUGCACUCUGGGAGUGUGGAGACACCCAGGUCCUGCACAGCCUGACCCACUGUCACCCCGGACCCUCGACACGCUGUCCUGCUUGGGGCUGAGCCCGCACAGGACAGCACGACCUCCAUCACUGUGGGGUGAGGGGAAGGGAAGGGCAAGCAAGGCCAUUGCCUGGUCCAGCAUGGGGUUCAUACUGCCGCAGGAUGGGGAUGGCUGACCCUGGGGUUGAAGGGAGCAGGGCACAGGGUUGUUCUCUUCCCCUGCCCUCCUGCAGUGAGGUUCAUCGCUCUGAGGCACCAGGGCCCAGCUGUUCCAACCGGGACAAGCACAGCUGCCCCAGUGGCGCUCAAGACUGGCCUGCAGCCCUGCCUGGCUCCAUGGCACUUGGUUUAUCAUCCCAGAAAACUCCUCUCAGGACAAUCUGGCUCCAUUUUGGGUCUGAACCGCCCGGAGACCAUGGUGAGCAGGGUGAGCACAGCAGCAUGGCAGCACUGGACUGCUGCUGGCACUGUGGCUGCAGGUGAGCUGGGGCCGGGCACCGUGGGGACACAGUCUGUCCUGGGCACCAGAAGAGAAUGUCAGCAGCGGGCGCAGCCCAGCCCUGGAUCAGCCUCCGCAGCCCACUGAGUGCCAAGCCCUGAGGAGGCCCUGUGGGGCUGGCUGGAGUGAUGGGCAGCCAGAGACUGGGAACGUUUUGAGGAGCAGCACACUGGGGCUGCCCUGCCACAAGCCCUCCUCACCCUGCUUGGGGACAGUUCCUCUCUGUUGCUCCUGGUGUGAGGGGUGAUCUGCCCCAGUCUGUUCAUAGGCUGAGAUCGGCAGGAUGGAUGUUCCUUACAGUCCCUUCCCUGGUCACAGACUCUGGGUGUUGUCUGGGGUUCCCUGGUGCCCUUUCUGGAGUGAAGAGCAGCAGUCGUGAUACUCCUGGGGCUUGGGAGGGUCUGGGGUUGGUGCUGGGUCACCGCUUCCAUCAUGAGGUGCUGUGUCCCCCCUCAUGCUGUGAGCUCUGCCAGCCCCCAGGCCAUCUGCCCCUUCCCUGGGCAGGAUGUUCUGCCCCCCUCUGUGUCAGGGCUGGUCCCUGACACCUCCUUCCUCUGGUGCAGCCCCUGGCUCAGGCUGCCCAAGGUGCCCAGCAGGGCUUCUGCCACCACAAGUGCCUUUCCCUGCCUGUCGUGCCGGCUCUGUCCCCUCUCCAGCCCCCUCUGCAGUGCCUAUGGAUUCACCUUCUAAAUAAAGCAUCACUGGCGCUCA